AUGGUAUCAUCAAACAUUUUUCUGAAAUAUUUUUUCGUUUUAUUUUCUUUAAUUCUGUCUUGUUCAUGUACAACAAACAAAAAAUCAAAUUACAAUGAUCGUUAUCUAGAACAACAUUCACCAACAUCCUCAUCGGAUAUUUUUAUUAAACCAAAGCCUCAACUAAUGCGUCGUUUGAAUCCAUUGAAAUUAAUGUUUGUUGUUGCUUACUCAAAAUUAAAUAAACAAUAUGAAGUUGAAUGGAAUUUAGAUGUUUUGAAAACAAUAAUCUCGGAAAGCGAACAAGUUACUGAAGAUGAUAAAAAAUACUUCAUGGAUAAUUUUUCGACAGCGAACACAGAUUAUCAAGAAUGGUCAUCUGAUAAACAUGAUCAACUAGAACGUUUUACAGAAAAAUAUUUUAAUCCUUAUAAAUCUGCUGAUUUCUUUUUACCAUUUCAAGAUUGUAAAACAUUUACGUAUGCAUUAACAGAUGAAAUGUUAACUGAAUUUGGACAAAUGGAUGAAAUUAAAAGAAGUCGUGUUAGACAAAAAGCUGCCAAAACAUUGUGUGACCUCGAUUAG